AUGACUGAAGAAAUGAAGGAAACUGAAAAGCAGUUCGAAAAAAUGCAGAAGGAGCAAGCUUCAAAAUGGGAUCUCUACCACGAACUCAAAGAAAGAGAAGGGGAGUUGACUCAAGAGCGAGAAAAUAGGCUUGGGCAGAUUGAAAAUGAUGUUCAGGAGGCUAAAAAGCGAGUCGUAGAUACUGACAAAUCUGCACGCCAGGCGCAGUCAACUUUGCAAACGCUUACACUUGAGCUAGAUGGUCUCAAAACUGAAGUUUUAACUGCUGAAGAAUCGGUAGACAGUUCCAAGCGCGCACUUGAAGCCGCUAACACUGAAGAAGAUAAUAUGCAGAUGAAAGUUGGUGAAGUCAAGGCCUCUUACGAUGAUGCCAAGACUGCUCUGGACAACUUUGAGAAUCGUCUCGUCGAGGUUUCUUCUCAGCUUGCUGAAUUGAAACAUGUGAAAUCAUCUCUAAAGAAGAAAGCCGACGACUGCACUCUGCAAGCCAAGAAAAUCUCAGUUACAAUCUCUCGGAUUCAAAAGGAAAGAGCCAGUGCCGAGAAGUUGGUUGCAGAUUUGUUGAAGAACAAUAUAUGGAUUGAAAGUGAAAGAAGCGCAUUCGGAGUUGAAGGGGGAGAUUAUGACUUCACUGCAACGGAUCCUUCGGAAAUGAGCAAACAACUUCAGUCCUUGAGAUCCGAACAAGAAGCUUUGAGCAAGAAGAUCAACAAGAAGGUUAUGGGAAUGAUUGAGAAGGCUGAAGGAGAGUAUACAGAGCUUUUGAGAAAGCGAAAGGUAGUCGAGAAUGACAAGAAGAAGAUCAAGAGUGUAAUCGAAGAACUCGAUGUCAAAAAGAAGUCUGAGCUUGAGAGAACAUGGAAAAAGGUAAACAAGGACUUUGGUUCAAUCUUCAGCACCAUUCUUCCCGGAGCAUCAG